ACAAACAAAAUAAAAUCAUUCAAGAUCUGAAAUCGUUUCCAUUCAGUAUGGGUGCGGAGCAAUCAGCAUUAUUGGCCUGCACAGAGACGAAUGAGUCGGAACCGCCUCUCCAGAUGCCAAACGCUGAAUUAUACUUUAGGGGUUCGUAUUUCGAUGGCUUAGACAGACCGCAGACAGGACCUGUGACUGAGGCAUUAUUGCAUUUGGUUGGUAAUGUUCAGAACGCAGUUCAAGAUAAAAACGAAAUUCGAUUGGACUGCGAGAAUUACGAUGCUGAAAUAAAUGAGAAAGGGCAAGUCGAAUCUAAUAUUCUUAUGGAUGACAUGAUGUUCUAUACCGAUGUACCGGAACUUGAUAUUGAAGAGCUAGACGAGGGCCUAACCAUGGAGCAAUUGGCAAAAUUUAAAAACCUCUUAAGCAAAUAAAACAAAUCCUUGAACUGGAUGUUUCUAUCAA